CAAAACACAAACCUCGUCCCCUGUUUCUCAACUCUCACCUCUUAUUCAAAGCCAAGCUUUCUCUAAAGAAGGAAAAACAGAACAACCACAAUGGCUUUCGAUUACGCUUUCACAGACGAGGAAAUGGAGAUCGACGAGACCGUCGGUUACCCAAGAGCCUAUGCAAGGCUCUGCCGCGAUCGCUGUUCUGGUCCGUACGCUCAUGGACCUCCGUUUACUUUCAUGCCUUACUGUCUCCACGAACACGAGGUUUUGAGAGCAAUGGAUCUAGAACAACUCUUCCCCAUCUUUGACCCGAAAGCAAAACACACUGGAAAGCCGAAGCUUUUUGUUAGUCUCUUGUGGAAGCAGCUCAGCCACCUUGGGAAUGCUGGCUUUGAUCCUGCAGUAAUUCGAGUAGACCCAUAUGGAAAUGUCCUCUACUUUCAUGCUGAUUCGGCUUCUCCUCUCGCUUGGGAUAUAGAUCACUGGUUUCCUUGCUCAAGGGGAGGAUUGACCGUACCAAGCAAUUUAAGGAUAUUGCAGUGGCAAGCCUGCAAGAAGAAGCAUAACAAGCUGGAGUUUCUCAUUCCAUGGUGGGAUUUUCAAUUGGGCGUUUCUGUAAACCAGUUCUUGUCAAUAUUUGCUUCUUCCAACUCAGAUUAUAGGCACAGGGCAUUUUCCUUUUUGUUCUCUGAAGGUGAAAGUGAGGAAUUGAACUCUUCACAGACAGUUGAAUCUCAUUCUUUCCCACAGCACUUUGUUGAAUCCAAAGAGAAACUGGGCCUUGCUCCAGCCGCCAUUGUUGCAUCUCGAAGGGAGUCUUAUGCAUCUUCAACUUCAAUGGCUUUGCUGUCAUUGGAUUAUAAUAGGCUUAGGCCACGUUCUCCAGCAUUGGCUGCAAGAAAAUCCAAGGCUAGUAGUAGCUCGAAAGAAAAUGAAAAUCCAGCUUAUUAUUCAAGCCCAUAUCAAUCCAUUGUCAUGGCUAGAGAUUCCCUGAAACAAAGAGAAGAAACUUCCAAGAUGCAGGCAGAAAUUCAGAAAAUUGAUAAUGAAGUUAGCGAAAUAAGGCGAAAGAAUGAAGAGGAAAAGGUGAACAUUCAGGACUUGGAGUUGGUACUGAUAAAGCGUAGAAGAAGGGCAGAGAAGUGUAGGCGGCUAGCGGAAGCACAGUCUUCAUAUAGGACUAUGCUUGAGAAAAUGAUAAGAGAUGCUAUGCACCAGAGUGUCAUUUAUAAAGAGCAGAUGAGACUAAACCAGGCUGCAUCAACCGCGCUCAUGGCAAGACUUGAAGCUCAAAAGGCCAUCUGUGAUGCAUCUGAGAAAGACCUCCAUAGAAAAUAUAAAGAAAGGGAUGAUCUUGAGAAACAAAUAAGACCAGAAUGGGAGGCACGAAAGAGGUCAAGAAUGAAUGAUGAUGCCUUAAUUGAAGAGAGAGACCAGAAGCCUAUUCUGUAUUUGCCUGAAAUCAAACCAAGAACACCUUUACACAAGGAACUCAGAGUUUUUCUUGAGGAAGAGCAGAAAGCAUCUGAAGCUGGAUUAUCACUGAGUGAAGAGGAAAAGCAAUUUUGUAUAGGAAAGGUACUGAAAAAAUCUGAAAAGAAUUUCUCCAUAGACAAACGUGGGGAACACAGUAAAGCCAUUAUUGUCUUGGAGGAUGACAACAUGACGGGGCCUAAAUUUAGCGCAUCGGAAGAAAACAAAUACCAGAUGCGAUUUCCUACCUCUCAUGAACCAGAAGUUGAGGAAGAUGAGGAGAGCAGAAAACAACGUGGCAAAGGGAAUGUAGAAAAAUGGCUUCAGAUGCUGCUAGAGAAUGCUCAAGAAGACUUGGUUGAGGCUCAACAUCAACUCGAAAACAAAAGAAACAAGACUGAUGAUGACAACAUUAUCACUAAACUAAAUAACAAGUACCCUCAAAUACAGGAAAAGAUUGACCAAGGAAAAGAUGCGGCUGCUGCUGCUGGUGAUAAGAAGGGAAAAGAAAAGAGCUACGAGCAUGAUGUUGAAGUAAGAAGUGUGGUAGAAGGAGGAGCUGAAACCAGCAAGGCUUCUGAAGAAAGAGGAAGGAGUCAGAGUGUUGGAAAGGAAAGGAAGCUUGUGAGGUCUGAUAGUUUCAGGGCAUUUCGUAGAAUCCCAUCAUCUCCAUCCAUUAUUAUCUUGGGUAUGAAAAAAGGUGUGGACUGCUUAGGAAAGAAGCCCAUGGUUAGUGGUGAUGAUGAAGAUUAUGAUGUCACAAGUAGUAAUAGCUUCCUGAAGUCAUCCAUUAAGAGUAUCAAGAAAGCAGUCAAAACAUGAGUUCAGUUGGGUUCCACUUUACAUAUAUUUUCUUCUUCUUAAUCCUAUUAAGAUUGUUACCAUAUUUUUUCAAAUUGUGCUAGACACGGCACAUUUAGUUAAAAAUAACUGUGUGAAGCUAGGUAGUCUAUUUGUUUGUUUGUUUUUUGUCCUUGUUUUGUGUAUAAGAUUUGUUGGGUCAAGUUUGUAAUAACAGCUUGUUGUUUAAUAAAAGAUUACUCUGUUUGUUGCGUUCUGUCA